GCCUCGCUGACCGACCGCGUUCGACCACUGCACUGCUCAUAGCAUAGAUUAUGGGGUGGGACUCUGCGACGACGUGGCAGUUUGUUGUCGCUGCACUUGCCACCGCAGCUACUAUUGUCAUUGCCCUUGUCACCGCCUGCUACUCGCGGCGGCAGAAGCGGGAGGCGAAGCGGGCGCAGUUGCGGGCAAUGACCUCUGACUCGUCGGCUUUUGUCGAAGUGCUGACGUACUCGUUUGGGCGUUUUUGUUUGGACACGGAAGCGUACAGGGGAGAGGAGAAGAAGAACGUGCCGUCAGCUGCGGCGCUACGGGCUUGGGCGUGCAACUGGGCGAUGAACAGGUAUGCCGACGGCGAAGACCGGGCGACGUUUCUCGAGAUCGAGAGUGCGCGAAGCAAGAUGAAGCAGCUCUAUCUGGACAUGGCCGACUCGCUCUUUCGCAACAGGAACCCCUUCCCGGGGGACUUUCGCGUCGCCAAGUUUCUACUUUUCAUCAUGCCGCUUGAGCGUGCAAACGCCGAGCUCGUGCUGUGCAAGCCUUGGGGGCCGUGGAUGAUUCAAUCGACUCUGAAGCGCAUGCUCAACAAGGACGACAAAGCAUCGCUCUUUGCAGCAGCUAAGCGACAGGAGGAGGAGCAGUCGCACAAGUUUCUCAUGGCAUGUUGGGAUGCUGUUCGCGACAUCGUCGACGAGAAGAAGGCUUGGGCCGACGCCACUUUGACGACGUCAUCGUCUCAGUCACGAUCAUCGUCCCUGUCUUCUUCAUCGGAGUCGUCAUCGUAACUGCGCGAUGUGCGCAGGUGAAGGUUUGUGCGUGGCCAAGAUGGGAGACAGCAGUGAUCGCGACCGUACCUUAGCAUGCCGCGUGGAACGUAAGGACAAACGGCUCGUAGAAGGAGACGAUGCCCGCGCAUUGCCCGGGUAGGACCGUCAAUCCUCGUCAGCUGCAUGCUGGUCUUGCUUUGCUCUUUAUGUCGCAGAUGCCACCGAGAUGGGGAACACACGAGCGAUGCACAGCACAGCAUCGGCAGGCGACGUCUCCAGACAGACGUCCGGCCUUCGCUUUGUUGCAGCCACGGACAGGCUGCGUGGUAUGUAAAGAUAACCAAGUCUA